AUGCGCUUCUCUGCUGCCCUUUUCCUGGGGCUUGUCUCUCUGGCCACGGCCCUCCCCAGCCCGCCUCCUCAUGACACCAGAGCUGUCCCGCCACCAAAGAGGUCAUUUCGCAAGCCCGAUAGCGAUUGGAAUCAUGUAAUCAGCGGAGCUGAUGUGAAGCUUUCCAAAAACUACGGUGGCCAGCUUGCCAACUACAACCUCCGAGCCAAUGCAGUUGACCCGGCCAAACUCAGUGUUGACAAGGUCAAGCAGUACAGUGGAUAUCUUGACGACAACUCCACGGACAAGCACUUAUUUUAUUGGUUCUUUGAGUCCCGCAACGACCCCAAAAACGACCCUGUAAUCUUGUGGCUGACGGGCGGACCUGGUUGCUCGUCCAUGUCUGGUCUCUUCAUGGAGUUGGGACCAUCUCACAUUGAUAAGAACGGACAGCUGGUUCCCAACCAGUAUGCAUGGAAUAACAACGCGUCUGUUAUUUUCCUAGAUCAGCCUGUCAAUACUGGCUUCUCAUACAGCAACUCUCCUGUUGACACCACCGCUGCCGCCGCCAAAGACGUAUACGCCUUGUUGACCUUAUUCUUCGAGCAGUUCCCUCAGUACGCUAAACAAGAUUUCCACAUUUCAGGCGAAUCUUAUGCCGGCCACUAUAUCCCGGUAUUUGCGUCAGAGAUUUUGUCUCACAAGGACCGCAACAUCAACAUCAAGAGCGCUCUUAUCGGUAAUGGGCUCACCGAUGCUUACACACAAUAUGCCUACUACCAACCCAUGGGCUGUGGCAAAGGCGGAUACAAGGCUGUUCUGGACGAUCAGACUUGUCAGUCGAUGCAGGAUGCCCUUCCUCAGUGCCAGAAGACCAUCAAGGCGUGCUACGACGGAGACCACAGCUCAUGUGUCAGCGCCAGUGAUGACUGUGACGGACCACUGCUCGGAGCGUUCGAACAAACCGGUCUCAAUGUUUAUGAUAUCCGAAAACAGUGUGUAGGUGGUGGGUUGUGCUAUGAAGAAAUGAACUAUAUCCAGGAUUGGCUCAACAAGAAGGAUGUCAUGCAAGCCCUUGGAGUCGAAGUGGACAGCUUCAGCACCUGCAACAACCAGAUCAACGGCGCUUUUAGGCAAGCCGGCGAUUGGUUCCUACCAAUCCAGAACAACGUCACCGAGGUUUUGGCCCAGAUCCCAGUCCUCAUUUAUGCAGGCGAUGUCGACUUCAUUUGCAACUGGCUGGGUAACCAGGCCUGGACCAAUGCACUUCAGUGGCCCGGCCACGACGCCUUCAACGCUGCCAAAAGCACUGAACUAAAGGCACCUUCUGGCAAGAAUUACGGCAAUAUCAAGAACGCGCAAGGCUUUGCUUUUCUCCGAGUGUACCAGGCGGGACACAUGGUCCCAAUGGAUCAGCCUGAAGGGGCCGUUGACUUUGUGAACCGCUGGGUACGGGGCGAGUGGACUAAGUAA